AGUUCCUUGAGGUUUUGGUGACGCUGCAUUAGGCGACAUGGCUCAUCUCUGUUUGUUCAGCUUGCUGGUCCUGUCCCUGGUUAUUGAGACCCAGACCCUGACGCCGUCCCAUCAUCUGACCACCAGCGAUGUUGCCAGACUCCAGGCUGUAUUGAGCCAACCCCUCACUGACCUCAAGUCUGCUUAUUACUCUGUUGUUGGACUUAGCAAGUUGGGGAUCUUUGUUGCAGAUGCAGAUGAGACAUGCAGGUUUAUCAAAUCAAACCUGGAUCCCUCUAGCGUUGAGUCACUGUUUUAUGCAGCAGAAGCCAGCCAAGCUCUCUCUGGAUGUGAGAUUUCUGUAUCAAAUGACACGCGUGAUUUGCUGUUGGCUACUGUGAGUGAGGACUCCACUGCAUCUCAGAUUCAUCAGUCUGUGAGUGCUCUCAGCUCCCUUGGGCUACCUCUGGCCUCACAGGAAGUGGUCAGUUCCCUGAAAGCUCGCAUCUCCAAAGAGGAUAAUGUCUUGGCAAUUGUUCUGGCACUGCAAACUGCGUCUCGUCUCUCUCAGCAAGCUGAACUUGGAGAUAUCCUGGAGGAGAUUGAGGAUCUGGCUGCCCGUUUAGAUGAUCUAGGAGGAUUGUAUCUUCAGUUUGAGGAAGGGCUGGAGGCCACAGCACUGUUUGUUUCCGCUGCGUACGCCCUGUCUGAUCAUGUGGACAUGGAGCCCCCCUUAAAAGAGGAUCAGGUAAUCCAGCUGGUGAAUUCCAUCUUCAGUAAGAAGUCUUGGGACUCUCUCUCAGAGGCAUUCAGUGUGGCCAGUGCGGCUGCAGCGCUUUCCAACAAUCGCUUCCAUGUGCCUGUUAUUGUCAGUGCCCAGGGCCCUGCUGCCGUAUCCCACAGCCAUCCCUUCCUCCAGCUUCAGGUGACAGAUGUCUUGUGCCAGCCGCUCAGUUCAGCCAGUGUGCUAGUGGAGUCCGCCAGUGCUGUGACCUCAAAAUCUGCCAUCCUAAGUCAGGCACCAUUCACCCUCAGAGAUGGGGUUUUUGAGCUGAAUUUUAUGGACAACCAACCAGCAAGUGGCUACUAUCAGUUCUCUGUUGUCAUUGCCGGUGACAGCCGAUUUGUUGCCAACCAUGUUGAGCUCAAAGUAAAGGUCUCUACCCGGGUUGCAAUCAACAACAUGGAUUUGUCUGUGGUGGACAAGGACCAGAGCAUUGGCCCCAAAACCACAAGAGUGGAAUAUCCAACUAAAGCCAAAUCGUCUUUUAUGGCGGACAGCCAUCAAAACUUUGCCAUGACGUUCCAGUUAGUUGAUGAGACCACAGGAGUGGAACUUACCCCUCAUCAGACCUUUGUGAGGUUACAUAACCAGAAGACAGGUCAGGAGGUUGUGUUUGUGGCUGAACCUGACAGUAAGAACUUGUAUAAGUUUGAGCUGGACACAGCUGAGAGAAAGACAGAGUUUGACUCCAUCUCUGGCACCUACGCUCUUUACCUGAUGGUAGGAGAUGCUACGCUGGAGAACCCUAUUUUGUGGAAUGUGGCUGAUGUUGUGCUGAAGUUUUUGGAUGAAGAGGCACCUUCAACAAUUCAGGCUAAAACAUUAUACACACCCAAACCGGAAAUCCAGCAUCUGUUCAGAGAGCCAGAGAAGAAGCCACCCACAGUUGUAUCCAACACAUUUACUGCCUUGGUCCUCUCUCCAUUUCUGCUCUUGCUCAUACUGUGGUUUAAACUUGGAGCCAAUAUCUCAAACUUCACACUGUCACCCAGCACUAUUCUCUUCCACAUAGGCCAUGCAGCUAUGUUGGGACUGAUGUACGUGUACUGGACUCACUUAAACAUGUUCCAGACUCUGAAGUAUCUGGCUAUUAUAGGCAGCCUCACAUUCCUGGCUGGGAACCGCAUGCUGGCACAGAAAGCUGUGAAAAGGAUUGCUGCAGAACAAAGUAGUAGGUUGGCAAAGUAUAGGAGUCUGCGGUAAAUGCCUGUAUGUUAUUCAAAAAGAAAUGCCAGUCUUCAGGCUGAAACUUGAAAGAAAAUGAUGCUGGCAAAAUCAAGAGAAGACCACAAUGGAUGCUUCAUAAUCUUUUUUUUUUUUUCUUUUUUUUUUUUCUCUUCUCUCCUGUAUUUAAGAAAUUUGGGAACAGAAGUAUUGGUGGUGGUUUAAAAGAGAAACAAAGGUGCAGGCCAAAAUAUUCUGAAAUUGUCAAAUAUACAGAUUGAAAUUGACAAAAUUAAGAAACGUGUGGUUUUUUUUUUUUUUUUUUUUUUUUUUUUUUCUGAAAACAAA